AAGGAUGGGUUGGGRGGCAUGUGGAUGUCAGUGGGAGAGAGAAAGAAUACAAGGAAAAGGGCACAUAGGGGGGACAUACGUGGAUGGAUGUUAUGAGAGAGAUGUGCUGGAGGAGGAGUGAUGGAGCAGAUGGACGGAGAGGGCUGUGCAGAAGGCAGAGCAGACCGGAGGCUGGGAAUGGGUAUGGAGGAGGCAGAGGUCAGAGGGGGCCGGGAAAGUUUACCCAAUGAGUUUGCGUUUAUAGUUUCCAGUUAUACGUCUCUUAUCACGCUUAGGCUCCUUUGAGCUUGUUGCACUAGGUGGUCUAGGCACAAUAUUACCUUUUAAAAAUUAUUUYGCUGCAUUUCUGCUUUUUCCCCUAAAUUUCUGUCAUUAUGUCAGUACUCACAUUUGUCCCUUUUCCCUCUGCAUUUCCUCUGCUGACAGUUCUAGUCUAAUUCUUUAUCUAACAGCCAUGAGGGGGAAUAAAAUUGCAUAAAUAAAAUUCUCUAAGCAUCAAUGCAUUAGUACUCCCUUGCAUAUGAAUAUUGAAUGUCUAUUCCUACUACAGUUUCACAUUUCACAGAGAUGUGAAUGAAUGCUGGAUUUUAAUUACAAUUGCAGAUUGCUGAGCAGUUUCUUUUUUCUUUCUUUUCCCCCCACCCCUAUGCCAGCUAUAUCCUAGGCAGGCUUGGGCUUCUUGCAGCUCCUGGUACUUGGUGGACUGCAGAAGUGAAUAUUGCAGCAUGCCUCCGGAGUGCCUGGCUCUUGGAGAUUUGUGCCUUUGAGCAGGUAAUGGGGAGGAAUGGAUCCUGCCCUGAGCUAAUCCUAAUCAAAAGAUAAAAAAGUAAAUAGAAGACAAGAAAACAGUAAUAGGCCUUUAUCUGGUUUUCUCUGUAAUUAAUAUAAAAAAUGAAGCAGAUUCUUUUGGGGAUGAGCUGAGAAAUCUGAACAUUUGAUGUCUGUGCACUAACAGCAAUAUGCAUAUAGAUGUAUAUUUUUUUAAAAAAGCAUAACUAUUCUACUUAAGUAAUACAUAUUCUUAGUUCCAAAGAGCCAGUUCUUUGAAAUUCAGAGUGGGGUUUGAAAGGUGGAAAAGUAUUCACCCCAAGAUUCUGACCUUAUGGGUUAGGGCUAUAAAYGUGUGUGAGUCUCUUAAUCCUGCAAUUAUUCAUGGAAAGCUUAUCUGGGUUGCAGACUGGCUGAGCUGGGAAUGCAGCAGCAGCAGCAGCAGCACUGAGUCUUUGUGGAGCUGACUGUGGUCUGGCAGGGCUCACGGGCUGCAGUGUGGGGGGAGCACGGGUGUGCUGUGUCCAGGGCCAGGUGCAGGAGCAGUUUCACUGCCUUUCUUGACACAGAGUCCGACCUAUGAAACACUCUGAACCAAAGCUGGCACUGCACUGACCCAUCUUGGGAGUCUUUGGUGGCAUGUUUGCUCUUCUGUAUAACUGGAAACUAUAAACACAAACUSAUUGGGUUUACACAUGGUAUGCAGAGAAGCAAGUGGCUCCACAAAGGACCAGAGGCGUUAUUGGCUUGGGGCAGGUUCCACUUUGUUGAGCUCCAAACAGGCCCUACAGAAUCCUUAAUGUAUGUGGGCCCUGCAUGCUGUCAGGGGGCUGCUCCCAUCUAAACACAGGCUUGGGUUUAAYGUGAUACUAAUGCUAGCAGCCCUGGAGGCUGUACUGGAGAGAGAUACGUGGAGCCAGCCUGGGUCYAGCAGGCCUGAGAUGGAACAGGCAAGCCUCUCACUGCCUGACCUGUGUGUGUAUGAAGUUGUGCUCCCCAGAGUGCCCCACAGCAUUUGUUUUAGCUCUUUUUGUCACCCAGCCUUGCUAACAAACACCUCAUUGCCCCAAAUAAUAGUGAUGUGACCAUAUAGGUGUGUCUGAAGCUGGUGUAUGAGGUGCCUGGAGAAGGAUAUGGUUCACAGUCAGUUUUAGGAAYAGCACAGCCGUCUCUGAUUCUCCUCUUUCUACUUCUUCAGAGAGAGCWGUACUUCAAAGGCUCUGCAAAUGGCCAUUUUAUUCUCCAGUAUGCUUUCUGUUUUGUUCACCAAACUAAUGGAAUCUCUAAUUAAAAUCUCUAAAUYAAUCUUAAAUUGAAACACUGACCACCUAUUUAGUGUUUUUUAUAUAUUUGCUUUUAACUUAUGGUGCAUGUCUUUACUUCAUUUGAAGAUUUUUUUUUCACUUGCRUUCAAAAUAACUCUCUGUUUCAAGUUAAGUCUCAAAAGAAUGCACACAAAAAUAGUUUGAGGCCUGCAUGCAUGCUUCUUCUCCUUCCCACUUCUAUACACAUUUCCCCAUGACCUCCACGUUUGCUACUGCCCAAAACCAGUUAGCAGAAAGCACUUGACUGAAUUGAGAGAUCCCUUGGUGCUGGGUUUCCUGGACCACAGUAUGUGUGUGUGUGUGUGUGUGUUUUAUCUGGCGUGUGUGCUGCUUUGAAGAAUGACAUUACCUGCUGCAACCCCAACACUGCUGCUGCCAUUGUAGCCAGUCUUGUCACUGCUAAUGCACACAGCAGAAGGAAAAAACAGCACUGGCAUAGCACAUUUCUCAUCUUUGAUUCAUUUACAUAGAGUUUAAAUUCAGAUCUGCUGGAACUGAGUCAUGUCCUUACUUACAGAUAUGUUUCUAAUAGGAGUUGUGACCGWGUGAGCUCAUGAUUGUUAGUUUCCACAACAGUCCAUGGGACCACAGCUGCAUGUUUAAGCAAAGCCAUGUUAACAGGGAAAGAUGAUUUUGGCUAUAGAACUUGGCCAGCCUUUUGUUUGUUUGUAUUUUAUCUGACAACGAUCAGUUAAAAUGCUGUUUUUGUCAGGCAUAUGUAAUGCCUGGUAACUGUCUGCAGCAUCAAUGAUUGCUUCUGAACAGGGAUAGUUAAUUAUUAGAAAUGAAGAUCAGUUGUUCUGCACCCAAGACCAAAAYAAAAGAGAUAAUCUUUAUAAUAAAGCAGGAAAGACUUACUUAAUUUUUAUAAUUAUUGCAUUUUUAAUAACUUAUUCUUAAAAAUCAAGUAAAAUGAAUAAAGCACAUGAAAAAAAUAUAGCCUGUAUUUCAGUGAGAAAUACACUUCUGUAGGCUUCUAGUAGGAAUCACGUCAUGUGGGGAAAAACUUUUUGUUCCUCUGACAAUUUUGCAGUCAGUGUUGCUGUUUAUGCAUUUUCAGGUAAAGCAUUGUCAUAUUGUUACAUGUCUCUAUUUUAACAACUUUCAAGUUUGAAAUGAGACUGAAAAUCAGAUCAUUGUGCUAUUUUAARUGAAGACAUAAUUGAGGGAGAGAAAACUGUUUGAAACUGGUCAAAGCUGGCUUACAAAACCAAUAUAGCCUUAACCUAAGAAGAGCAGGUUUCGUUGUAACUCAUACAUUGCGUUUCGAGAUGCCCAACAUCAUGCAUGGCUUAUUUACAGAAAAUGAGAAACAGAAUUAGUAACCAAUCUUCAUCAGCGGAUGUCUAGGCCUUGCCAAACGUUCAGCUGUCCAGUCAGCAUUACUGCAGGGCUGCUGUGAUGUGAGAGCGUAUGUGAUGUGAGAGCAAUCUCAGGGAGCUGUGGAAUGUUUUUGUUUUGCCUGCGUAAAAUUUUGAUSACAGAAAGACACGUCUGUCCAGAAAACGCCAGGUAUGGUAUAGCCCUCUCAGUGAGGAAUUAACAGUUGUUUUGGAGAAAAGUCUGAUUAGUGUAUUAAAAUAAGGCUUGAUAUGACUAUUGAAACAAUGAGAGUAAAGUGAAAGUGAGUAACAGCUCAUUAGAGUCAUCUGUCCUAUGCAAGGGUCAAAGGCUUGUGGAGAUAAUGGCAUUCAGUUGUGUCGCUGGUUGUGUCAAAACACAUGCACAAAAGAGACACUAAAGAUAGCUUCCAUUUUGGCACUUGCAGAGUGAAUGUUUAGGAUCAAGCAAGAGGAAAAGCCCUGCUGCAGACCCCCUCUGUAGAGAAGGGCAUUUGCUGCCUCUGGUAACACUGUGGUGAGAUAAUGCUGAGGGAGAUGGGUUGAAGAGGACCAGUCCUGUAUCCAUUCCCACUGAUGUUGCACACAAGUUUGGAAGCAGUCCCCCUUUGCCUGUCAUUCACACGGUCACUGUAUCUGCCCACGGACACGUUUCUGUGUGUAUAAAGCUUUAAUGUUAAAAUAGGGACUGCCUUUUGGAUCUUGCUCAAUGGUGUGUUGCUUUAGUUCUGGGAGAAAAUUUUUUUUCUGACCCUAGACAGGGAUCAGCUCAGCUUAUGCUCCAAAGAAUAGAGAUUAAUAUCCCCUGUGACCUUUUAGCCUAGCUGCUGCAUGGUUUUUAACAAAUUGGCUUAAGAYCCCAUGUGUGGCAGUUAUGCCGACAUGAAUGUCUGUAAUGUCUCUUCUUGUCAUUUAUCCGUGAACUAAGAAUUUCCAAGGAUAUCUUGACGUGCAGUGGAGCUGUUACUGUAUAGUGCAGGACGGAACCACACAAUGAUAGAAUGAAAAGCUGGUGUCAAAAGUAAUAUGUAAAGUGUUCUGAAUGUACUUGAUAAAAGUUGUCCCUGGCUGYAUAUUUACUUAAAAGAUGUGACUGUGGUAUGGUAGGAAAAUUAAGUAUCUAAACAAAGCCCCAAGUAGCAAACAACAAAAUCCUCUAUUUGUGAUUUCUGUAUUUCUGGUUCCUUGCAURUUUCUGAUGUUGUAUGAACUCUAUAAUGAAAUGUAGAACAUGUACUAAAGACUGAGUACAUAACAUGACAAAGCUCUCACCUAGUUCUAGUUACUUUUCCCCCCUCCCUGUCCCUGGCACUGAAGAGUGGAAUGUCCAGAUAACACAGGAGCCACUGUUCUGAAGUGGACACGUUUGCAUCGCUCCUAUGACUUGCCUCCUGCCUUUGGAUUGAUCCAGCUUCCAUCACCGAGAGAGAUGAGGAGGUUGUCUCCUCUGGGGUUUAUAUCUGAGUGAAUGUCAGGGACUCCACAUACACUGAGUCAGAGAACAAGGGAAGGGAGCUGAUUCUCCUUUUGUGUGAUUUCUGAGUGAAGAUGAAUUUAGCAGAGAUUUGUGAUAAUGCCAAAAAAGGAAGAGAAUAUGCACUCCUUGGGAAUUACGACUCUUCUAUGGUAUAUUACCAGGGUGUCAUCCAGCAAAUCCAGAGACAUUGCCUGUCAAUCAGAGAUCCAGCAAUUAAGGGCAAAUGGCAGCAGGUCCGACAAGAAUUAGUUGAAGAAUAUGAACAAGUUAAGGGCAUUGUCAACACUUUAGAGAGUUUUAAAAUGGACAGACCUCCAGAUAUCUCUGUAUCCUGUCAAGAUGAGCCUUUUAGAGAUCCAGCUGUUUGGCCCCCUCCUGUUCCAGCUGAACACAGGGCUCCACCUCAGAUAAAACGUCCCAACCGAGAUGGAAAAUCAUUGAAGAAAGACUCGCCAGGACUGCAGCCCCGCGGGCCCGUGGGCAGAGCACACGUGCUGUCCAAGGGGGAGAAGUCUUCAGGCAGCCGUGAAAGAGAAUCUAGAGCCAGAGGAAGAGAUGACAAGGGAAAGAAAAUGUCCCAGGAAUUUGGUGAUGGGGAUAUUCCAAAAUUUGAUGGAGCAGGUUACGACAAAGACCUGAUCGAAGCUCUUGAAAGAGACAUUGUAUCAAGGAAUCCGAGCAUUCAUUGGGAUGACAUAGCGGAUUUGGAAGAAGCCAAGAAAUUAUUAAGAGAAGCUGUUGUUCUUCCAAUGUGGAUGCCUGAUUUUUUCAAAGGGAUCAGAAGACCUUGGAAGGGUGUGCUGAUGGUUGGUCCUCCUGGCACUGGCAAGACAAUGCUAGCGAAAGCUGUUGCUACAGAGUGUGGGACAACAUUCUUCAAUGUGUCUUCCUCUACACUGACGUCAAAAUACAGAGGGGAGUCUGAGAAGCUGGUGCGCCUCCUGUUUGAAAUGGCACGGUUUUAUGCGCCAACGACAAUCUUCAUUGACGAGAUAGAUUCCAUCUGCAGCCGCAGAGGCACAUCUGACGAACACGAGGCCAGUCGCAGAGUCAAGUCAGAGCUGCUUGUGCAAAUGGAUGGGGUGGGUGGUGCUCUGGAAAACGAUGACCCUUCCAAGAUGGUUAUGGUAUUAUCUGCUACAAAUUUUCCCUGGGAUAUCGAUGAAGCUCUUCGACGGAGACUGGAGAAGAGGAUUUAUAUACCUUUGCCCACGGCAAAAGGCAGAGCAGAGCUACUAAAGAUUAAUCUUCGGGAAGUAGAACUAGAUCCCGAUAUCAGCCUUGAAGAAAUUGCUGAGAAGAUUGAAGGCUAUUCUGGUGCUGAUAUCACUAAUGUUUGCAGGGACGCAUCUUUAAUGGCAAUGAGACGACGUAUUAAUGGCUUAACUCCAGAAGAGAUUCGUGCACUUUCUAAAGAGGAACUUCAGAUGCCGGUUACCAAGGGGGACUUUGAGCUGGCUCUGAAGAAAAUCUCCAAAUCUGUUUCUGCUGCAGACCUGGAGAAGUAUGAGAAAUGGAUGGCAGAAUUUGGAUCUGCUUAAUCUCAGUGACAGCUUUCCUUCGCUGGAGUUUUAUGGUUUUUGUUUUUCUCACUUGAAAAAUGAAUUAGAAAUCUUUUUAAAGGUUUAAUAAAAGGUCUGCCUCUGCCCUCAUCCCACCCCUUUCUGGCAACAGGAUCUUUUAAGCUAUUUGCCUUUAAAGGGAAUGGAUACAAUAAUGAGCUGAUAUUUUAAAAGGUAUUUUAUUUCUGAAAUAGAAAAAUAAGACAAUCAGGAAGGGAAAAAUCAUAUUUCUGAUUUUUAUUUUUCAAAUGAAGAGCAGUGUUACUUAACUUCCUCCUAGUCAUUUUUCAUGGCUGGAGUCCCUAAAUCAGCUGGGGCAUGUGAUUCCAGAGGAACAGACAAGGGCUCACUGUAUCCCCUGCUCUUAAGUGCUGCUUCUGCCUCCCUUGAAUGCGGCAUCCAAGUUACUAUUCUUCCUCUUGGAUAUUCAGAGCAAAGCCUGUGGAUUAAUUGGCAUUACACAGAGGAAAUGAGGAUCAGUUUUCCACCAAGACAUGGGCCUAACUCUCCUCUCAUGUACACCCAUUUGGAAUUGAUGUCGCUUCCAACCGUUAUCAGUGUUACCUGCAAUGACUUCUGAUAGAAAUGAGAGGGAAAGAAAAAGGCAUGGAUUGUUCUCAGUCCGGUUUGUGCUUGUUCUCUGAACAUAGUUUGAACCUGUUUGACCAGUAGGCACUUUGACUUAGGUUAUAACUUGCACUUUUAUGCUUAUAUAUCAUCCUGUGCUUUACCUGUGCUAUCUAAAUGUGAUUGUAAUUACUAUUAUUAUUAUUUUAGUACUAAGAGUUUAAUACAGUAAAGACACUAAUAUCAAGGCUGUAUUUAAAACACAAGACUGUCCUUAAAGUGGCUGUGAACUUCAACUUCUUAUUAGAUAUGAACUUUUUCCUAGCAUUACUAGGCAAUGGGAAUAUGUACCUGUUUAUGUUGUACAACUCUUCAUGCUUAAUUUUUUUUUAAUGAAGAUUCCUUAAAAGUGUGUGAAUAUUAYUGGUUUAGUAAUAUUUAGAAAAUAAUCUGUAUGGUCUCAUUUAUAUUCUUAACUGUUUCUUCCCUCAUACAAGUGCAGUGAUGAAAAGGGUUGAGUUCUAAACUCUUAACAUGACAAGUUCUCUCUAGAGUAUACCUGUCACACUGACUCUGUGAGCUUUUCACAGACCCAGGCUGCGAGUCUGACAUGUGAAGAUUUCCUGUGGUAGGAAUGUGAAGGAGUGGUCAAGUGACCAGAUUUACAGAGCAAUAUGCACGCUUUCAAGUUUUUGGUGGUUUUGUGAGCCAGGCCUUAAGUACCUUGGUGGAUGUGAAUGGCCGUGCAGCUUGGGAGGUAUUCAACCUUUCAGCUCUCUGCUGAAACUCCUAGUGGCAUAGACAGAUGUGAUAGAACUGGAGUAAGAAACACACAGCACCUCCUCUUGAAUGGGAAUAUAUCCAUAUUUGCUCCUUUUUUAUUAGUUCUCGGAAGGUUCCAAGAGCCUUCCAAGUGUCCUCAGUAGUUGAGGACAAUGGUCUCUUGGGCCAUGACAUGUUAACCACUAAGGCAAAAAACUUAAAUCACAUAUUUAUUUUGCCCAGGGCAAAAUGGUGGUAGAAUUGCCUUCCUUGAUAGUAAAAAAUGUGUAGAUGUGGCAGUUGGGGAUGUGGCUUAACAGUGAACAUGUCAGUGCUGGGUUAAUGGUCUGAUGUGAUGAUCUUAGAGGUCYUUUCCAACCUUAAUGAUUCUAUUACUCCUCCCAGGAAAUAACUGGACCUUUGUAGAGAAAAAGCUUUGAAAACAUUGCUGUGGUCUGUUAUUUGUUCCUYAUUGAAGCUGUAGGCCACAGCUGUGUGUUUAUUUGUUUUACAGCGGUAGAAAUUAGUAAAGCUACACUAAUCUUUUGUGGUCUGUGUCAGAUUAACACUUCAGGGUCUCUCACUAAAAGAGGCCAUUGCUGCCCGAGGAGCUGAGCCUACACAACUGAGAAGUAGAAGGGAAUAGACAUGAAUGCCAGUAACAAUCCUACUCAGCUGGCCAAGAGUGGUGCGGGGAUUCAGCAGUGGCUGCUUAGUAGGGUCUAAGUACCAGUUUGCUUCACACUGCAAGCAGCAGUGACCUUCCUACUGAUGAAAGCACAGCACUUGGUGAAAAUGCCAGUCCUUAGCUCUUUGAUGAACCUUCUACCUUAAGACAUUAAACUUUUGUCUUGGCUGUUAAGCAAAACUCACUGUACUGGGCAUUCCCUUUAUUAGGAAUUAUUCAGGUGCUACAGUCUUUUUCUCUAGAGUUCACUGUUUCUGCCCCAGAAAUGUUUUUACUGUACAGGUCCAUUCAUCUUUUACAGCUGCAGAACAGAAAAGUGGUGGUUUUCAGGCAGUAAAUGUUUAUGAUGGCUGUGCCCCAGGAUUAGUGCCAUGACUUGGGCCCCUUACUAUAUCAGGCUAGUGGGCUUGGAGACUGAGUUAUUAACUCCAGGGCAGCCAGCAUUGGAUGUAGCAAGGAGCAACCGAGGAGGGAAGAGCAGUCAACAGUGGCAGAAGCCCAAGGCUCAAAGGAUGAGCUGACGGCUCAAAGUAAGACCAGUUCACAUCCCACUGGUGGGAACCCUUGUGUAAGAAUACUGGAUUCCUUGGAGAGCAAUGUACAAGCAUGUCACAGAUACUGCGGCAACAUGUUCAGUCUGCUCCUGUUUGUGUACAGAGAUCUGCACGUGUGGGGAUACACGCACACUAUAGGUGGUGCUUCAGUAGUUGUACCUAGAUUACAUAAAAAAACAUGUUUUAAAGCCAUGUUUACAUGUUUUCUAAACAUCUGUGAAGGUCCUCUUGGGUGGCACUGUUAAUUUUUGUACAAUUCCCGGUCUGGUUGUAUGAAGUAAUAAAUGUGCAUGUAGAGUCUGUCCG